GCUUAAUCUUUCUUCUGCAACUUUGCCUUUGUUCUUAUGCUUGGCUUCGACCUUCAGAAUCCGAAUAAGCAAGAAAACCAGACAGAGCUCAUUAUAAAAUUAGGGUUUUGUAUAUACGCAACUUUAUAUCGAUUUAUCGCAUCGCAUUCUCGCACUCAAUCAUACUCUGAAGCCCAUUGCAGAAGUCUAGGGUUCGCGUUGGAUCCCACAUUUUUUUUUUUCAUUCGGGAAUCAUACAACUUCAUGAGAGGCUCAAUGGACUAUUGGGAUGACUGAUGUUCUUGUGCUAGCUAGUUCUAUGGCGAAAGCUUAGCAGAUUUUGGCGAAUUGUUUUUAAAUUUGGAUGUUCGAGAUGUAUCCUCAGGGUAAUUAUUCUUCUCAGUUUGGACAGGGCUCUCAAGCACCUUUCCCUCAAUUUCAACAGCAUCCUGUGCCUCCUCCGCCUCGUCCUUUCCAACAGGGCCCUCCAGCCUCCCAACCUUCUACAAUACAACAAGGUCCCCCAUCCAUUCCACCUCAUAUAGGUCAUUCUACUCUCCCAGUGUACCAGCAUGCUCCACCUCCCCCACUGCCACCCCAACAAGUUCCAGCAAGUGGAAUGCUGAAUGCAAGCCAAUCUUACUUGCCACCACCCCCACUGCCACCCCAACAAAUCCAUGGAAGUAUCUCUAUGGUACAUUCCUAUUCGGUAGUUCCGCAGAACUCCCAAUGGACUCAUAGCAUGCAUCAAGUUUUGCCUCCUGUGCGUCCUCCUCUUGGUCCACCUGCCUCCAUAGUUCCAAGUCAUCCAGGGUUGUUCAGGCCCUCAUUACCUCCUACAGGGUCAUCUACACUACCUUUAAGACCUCCACACGGAGGCCCAAUACGUCCUCCAGAACCAGGUAACGUGCAGGCUAUCCAGCAAAUCUCCGUGCCACCGCCACCUGUCCCACCAACCUCUAGUUUAUUUGCACCUGCUCCAUUUGGAUCUUUUUUACAUUCAGCAAACAAGGAUUCCAAUGUGUCAGCCAGUGUUCCCUUGUCGCCACCACCUCCACCAUCUUCUCCUCCACCCAUACCACCUUCUCCACCACCACCUACCUCUCCCCAUCCUCCUGUCGGAACACUGCCUGCUACAGCUCUACAUACUGCAUCUGAUUUGUCCCAUAAUUCUGAGUCGGUUCCAACUUCCAAUCAGUCUGGCUUUGAAGUAGUAGCUUCUGAUUCUGUUGAUAAAGUUGGGGUUUCCAUCGAAACCAGAGAUGAUGCACCUAUGUUUGCUGAGUGUAAAACUCCUGAACCCAUGACAAGCUGCGAUGUGGGUUCCCCUAUGAAGAAUUUAUCAACUGUCAAAGGUAUAAAAUUGGAUCUACCUCCACCACCCAAGCCAGCAGAAGAGAAAAUUGUGCAAAAAAUCGAGGUUCUGUGCCGCUUUAUUGCAAAGAAUGGCCCUAGUUUCGAAGAUAUGGCUCGUCAAAAAGAGUUUGCGAAUCCAGAAUUCGAAUUUUUAUUUGGUGGUGAGCCAGGGAGCAAAGCUGCAGUUGCACAUUCAUAUUUUGAGUGGAUGAAAAAGAAGUGUAUCUCAGAUCAUGACUUCCAGCACGAGCUUGGUAAUUCAGUAGUAAGGUCUCCAGACAUAGACACUUCAACUCAGACCAAAUUUUUGAAGGAUGCAGUUGUAUCCCAUUCACCUUCAGAUUCUGAUAUGGAUAUGGAAGAUGACAUCACGCAGCCUGAUGUAGAGCAGCAAGUUGGUGCCUCAUUCAAAGGUUUAAACCACGAGAGGGUUUCAAUACCUAAAGGCCUUGAUGGUCAAGAGCAAUUACAUUCACUGCAAAAUGCUGCUGAAUACAAUGUUGGAGAGGUUCCUGGAUCUAGGUCCUCAGGUCUGGCUGGACAAGACAAAGAGUCCAAAAGCUUUCCAAAUGAUUCAGCUUUUGAUGCUGAGUGCCCCUUAAAUAGUUGUGAAGAAACAUCUUCUGCUUCUCCCAUGGAAAAUUUAAGUCAUUCCAAUGCUUCAGCAGGUAUUGGUUCUGAGAGGACUUCUGGUGAACUCAUCAAAGGUACAAGCCCUUUCAGGCUUCUACAAGACUAUGCUUCUGAGGAUAGUUCAGAAAAUGAUGACAAGCCAUCUCUUGAAGAGGCCAACACUUUAAUGGCGUCACCAUCAACUAUAAGAGGUGCUACAAGUAGGUGCGAAGACAUUGGAUUGAAUCUGAGGCGCAUCUCAAGCUGUGAGGUGGCAUUUGGAAUGCCUUUAGAGUCUAAGAGCAUCCAAUCGAAUGCUCCAGAAUUUUCCCCAGGAUCACAGAGUACUGCCCAACGAAGUAAUAUAACAUCUGCUGCUACUGUUAAAACUGAAGAAACUGUUGGAAAUAACAAUGGUAAUCAAGAAUCUAUCAACAAUGCUGCUUCUCUUGAGGAACUAAAUAAUACCUUCAAUGGUGCUCAUGAAGCAGCUCCUGAGAUUGGCAACUCUCAGUCUCAGAAAGGAAAAGGAAAAUUCGAGUCUAUACCUACUCUGACAAAAGUUGACGAGUUUGGGAGAUUAGUCAGAGAAGGUGCCAGUGACAGUGACUCUGAUGAAUUGCACAAUGCAAGAAGGCGUGGUAAGAGAGAGAGGAGUUGGAGCCGAAGCCGAUCUCCACGUGAUCGGAGGAGCCCUCCUUGGAGGAGAAGGGAGAGACGAAGCCGAUCUCGCAGCUGGUCUCCCAGGAAAAGAAGCAGGAGCAGGUCUCCCGUGUAUAGGAAUAGGGAUGAUUCUGGUAGUGACAAAAUGAGACGGGACAAAGAUCAGCUUCCAGAGUGCUUUAACUUUCUUCGAGGCAGGUGCCACCGAGGAGCAUUUUGUCGGUAUAUGCACCACGAAUCCAAUAAGAGUGACAGUGCAAGACGCUACAGGAGCAAACAGCAGUAUGUGGAAGUUCCACCUGCUUCAAGGACUUCUGAUUUCCAUGAAGAGAUUGGGAAAACCCCUCCCAGAAGAUCAGUUAAUGAGCAGGACACAUCCAGAAGCAGCUUUGUUUCUUUGAAAGUUGGCAAAAUGGACAGGGAAAAGUCUUUGCAGAUUGCUGCUCAAUCUAUGAUUUCUGAUCAAGAUGACAAGUUAUUGGUUGCAGAGUUGGCUAAAACUGAGAGAGAUAGUGGGGUAACUGUAGUGAUUCAGGAAGCUCGAGAAAUUAAAGAAAAGAUACUGGAAUCUGCAACUGGCCUUCCUGAUAAUGAGAACUAUCUAAAACAAUUGGAGACUGUUCAAUCUCUUGAUGGGUCUCCCUCUCAUUCAUUAGCUGAUGUUGGUACUGCAAUAUCAAAAGAUGAUGUGUCUCAUGGCACAGGCUCGGUUGAAAAUUUGAUGGUUGUGCAUUCUCAAGCUAAACUGUCUCUUCCGCUGCCUCAGAAUGCUGAUCACCUGCAUAAGAACAUGGAUGACUCUUCUACUGCUGAUUCUUCACAAGUUCAGUCAUCAUCAACCUUCCAACAAAAUCAGCUUUCCUUUAGUGAGCAUCGUGUGAAUAAGGUCUCUUCUAUUCAUUCAUAUCCUGUUUCAAGUCCCACUAGCCAAUCAUUUUUAUCUCAAUCUCUGCCUCCUAAAGAGUUAACUCCCCCUAUUGUUCCUCCUGUGGAUUUUCGAAAUAAUCGCUUGCAGUUUCCACCUCCGCCUCCUCCAUUUUCGCAAGGUGCAUAUACUUUGCAGACUCAGCAUUCUCAUGUAGUGGCGCCAAACUCCUCUUGGUCUUUGCCACCACCACCACCACCACCACUGUUGCCUCCACACCCACCAUCUGUUUACAUUUCAACCAUCAAUGCAACUACUGCAAUGCAGGCCAUGCCUCCACCACUAUUUCAACAGCAUGAGCUGCCUCCAAGAAAUGAAUCAACUUCACAGAUGUUUGUUACUGCCUACCCAGCUCAUCUUCCUACUCAUUCUCAGGUGGGUGAGUUUCAACAACAUAGGAGUCUUCAAAUGCAGGAGCUGGAGCCUCCUCGACCUUCCACAUACAAGGAAGAUUUCCAGCCAAAAGCUCUUGGUAUGAGUAACCAAAUGAGUCAACAACAUACUGGAGGUACUGGUCUUGUCGAAGAAGAUCAUUUCUCUAGAUUCCCAGUACAGGGUUUAAGCCCUCCAAAUUCAUUUGCUCGGGGUAAUAUGCCUCCUCAACCAAUGAAAUCUUUCCAAGGUGAAAAACUGCCCUCAGGUGGACCUUUUACUUCAUUAUCUCAGAAUCAUCCUUACCUGCAGCAGCAAAGGCCACACUUUGAUCUGCACUCCCCUGCUACAGACGGCCUUCCUUCAGACCUACGUGAUUAUGGAAAUAUUGGUUCUGGCAUAUCAAGAUAUACAUCAGAUAUUCUCGAGAAGAAUCAGCUUUAUCGGUCUGAUUUUGAAGGGUCAAGAAUUUCAGGGCACUAUAAUCCUUAUGCAUCCACUUUUGACCACCCACUGGGCUCCAAAUUCAGCUCGAUCUUUUUCAAGCAAGACAAGGACAUUUCCUACAACAAUCUGCAUGAUGUUCCUAGCAGCUUGCUCCAUGUUCCUGUUGAUGGACACGGCAUUGGAAGUGUUGGCCCAAAAUCUAUGCAGGCUGCUGCUUUACCAAAGUCAGCCAGUGACCAGUAUGAUCCAAUUUUUGACAGCAUUGAGCCAGCUUCAAACUCAUUCAAAACAUUUGAUCAUGGUCUGAAGGCCGAACCCCCAAUUCAUGGUCUAAAGGAUGAACUCACCAAUGACCAUAUCAUGUUGGGGCUUAGUGCCUCCCACAAGCCAUUAGAUGUGGAAGAAAACAACAAACAGAAAGGCAUUGGAGUUGUAACUGUAACCACUUCUGUAAAAAGUGAAAAUGAUGAAUACGGUGAGACAGCAGAUGCAGAAGUGGGUGAUGUGGAAAACAUUAGUGCAAACAGUCCAAUUGAAAAUGCAAAUAUAGCCGUGGGGGAGGUUGAGAUUGAUCAGGUUAAAAUGUCUGGGAAGAGCAAGAAUAGUAAGGAUUCAAGAUCAAUGAAACUUUUCAAAAUAGCCCUUGCAGAUUUUGUGAAGGACGUGUUGAAGCCAUCCUGGCGACAGGGUAAUAUGAGCAAGGAGGCAUUUAAGACAAUUGUCAAGAAGACUGUUGAUAAGGUCUCCGGAGCCAUGAAGAGUCAUCAAAUACCCAAGUCUCAGUCUAAGAUAAAUCAAUACAUUGACUCAUCUCAGAGGAAACUGACUAAAUUAGUGAUGGGUUAUGUUCAGAAAUAUGUCAAAGUAUAGAAGAUGGCAUCAAAGUUUGGUUUUUAGCACAUGAUGGAAAACUAAGUGAUUUGAUCUACUAUGGAGGCAAAUGUGCAGUUUGAGAGGAAACGUGAGGAAUGCUCUGGUCUGUAAAGUUGAUAGCUGACAACCUUGUUGUGGCACAUUAGAAGAUGAGCACACAGGUUGAAAUUGAUUUCAUACCUCUCAAAGUUCUGAAGAAGCUCAAAAACUUGGGUGAUGAUAGUUUCAUGGUGGUGGCCAGAUUGAUGUCGUGGUUGGUUCAAGCUGGUGAUGGAUUGGAGUUUGUGGUGGGUUCAUGGUGAAUGCAUGGUGGUUUUCUGAGUUGGAGGUGGUCAUGGGUUCAAAGAGGUGAUCGUGGUUUUAUGGUGAUAUCCAAAGUGAGGUUGUGGCAGUGCUGAUCCAAGCUGCUGCUAUGUCAUUACUUCAUGGAUGGAAUUAAGAAAUGGGUUUGAUGGUGGCUAGGCCGCUGUUUUAUUACUGGAUGAAUGGGGUUGAAUGUUGAGAGAUGGUUGGUUGGGCGUCCGUUUGUGAAAGGGAGGUUGAUGAGUGAAAGUGGGAGGGGAUGGAAGUUCUCUGUAAAUGACACAUACGAAAAGGAACCUCUUCUUGAAUCUCUCUGAACUUUUGCCUAUUUUACUUAAAAAUGUCUUAAGCAUGCGCUUUUUUUUACCUGAAAUCCGAAAAGAGAUUCAACAUAAGAUUUGGGGCUUCAUUUCCUCUCAGAGUCCAAUGAGCACGAAUAUGAAGUUUUA